CCUGUACCAUCCGGCAGGCAGAGGGCUCGGGAGGUGCCUCGCCGGCUGGCUGCGGGCAAGCUUCCUCCGCGGACACACGCAAGACCAACACAGGUGGACGGAACUGGUGGAUUUGGGAUGAGAGGUUCUAGCUCCUCUGCCGUGAAGCAGCUCAAGUUCGUAGUUUUGGCUUAGGAGCUGCAGAGAAGCGGCUGGCAGAGGCGGCAACGCAGAGCGAGCCCGGGUCUCUUGCGGGAUUGCCGAACCCUCCCGGGGGGCUGCCCAGAGCCCCCUGCCCAGCCCCUGCUGCAGCACGGGAGCCGGCAGCUCCCGGGUUAUAAAAGCCAGGCGAGGCCUGGGGUGGGGCUGGCGUCAGCGGGAAAUGUCUCCCUGGAAGCAGGUUAGCUUCACAGGAAACCCGUCACCGACAGCCUGCCCAGCGAGAAAACUCCAAGGAGAAGCUGAGCGCAAACAACAUCUUGGAGGCAGUCCAUGGGGACUGUACCAGAUCCUCUGAGAUCUGCCAAGCUUUCCCUUGUCUCGGCUUCUGCAGAGGAGGAGCACCUGGGAGACCUGCAGUCUGCUAAGCACCAGCCCCAACCACCCAGCGGCCAGAGGACCAGCAAUGGCUUCCCAUGCACACCGUCCAGCCCAGCUGCAGUUUGCUUGUCCGACCUGAAAUGUGCAGGUGCUGCUGGCACACAGAGGUGUGAGCAGUGCCACGAGGACGAUGAGAGCCAGCAGGAAGCCUUUCCUCCUGGGCUCACCAGAACGGCUACAGAGGGGCAUCCUGCAGCUGUAAAUCCUGCUGGUUGCUCCCACCCGGUGGGCAGCGGAGCACCGGCAGCACCAGCCCUUCCUGCAGCAGGAGCCCUCUCGGUGGGGCAGGGACCAGAGAUGAUGCCAGCCCCCCAGAGCUCCCGACAGUUCGUGCAAGGCAGCCAGGUGAAAACGAGCUCCCUGACGCAGAUAGAUGACUCUGCCUUGAAACCUCAGGGGACUGAUGAUCAGCCGGCACUUGAGGUGUUAAAUUAUUCUUCCCCAGGUGAUCCUAUCAGGGGUAAUGAAUCCUGUCAUACUUCUCAGGCAAACCUUCUGCAAAGAGGGGAAAAAGACAGGGGAGCAGAAAAUAAUGGUUCCAGUGCAUGUCAGUCAGCCUUGCCAGCAAGGCAAACCGAAGCUGACCUGGGGAGAGACCCACAGAGCAGUUUGGAGGCGAAGAGCGGGACUGCAAACACGGCACAGUUGCAGCCCGCAGAUAAAGCUGAAGUGGUGCAGAGCAACACGGCACCAGCCCAAUUAAGCCACAGGAGUCCACAUCUUGUACGCAACACGGACCCCAGGCCAGGAAGUCCAGGCCCCACUCAGCUCUCCAAAUUCAGAGAAACAGGUACAAUGACGGUUCAGCCAGAGAGCAACUCUUGGACUCAGGAAGCUGUAAGUAGGACAUGGCGAGAUGCUGAGGUUCAGGCUGUGGCUACCGUGGAGAGCAAAUCCGCCUCCACCAGUCCCAGCAUCCUUGUUGCCUUCUUGAAAGGGAAUCCUCCAGAGGAGAAGGAAGAACUGCAUGUAAUUUACCAAGGAGGUAUGGGGCUGAGCCAGGCUGCACAUACUGACAGUUUAUCCCCACAACAAAAGUCCCCGUGUUCUCCUGGUAUCACACCAAAAUCGACUGUUAUGGCUGUGACUGCUUCAGCCCAAACCCAGCCUGUCAAACCGCCUGGGGUCCCAUCUGACAUGGUGUCUCCAGUGUCAGCAGAUAAUGCAAAACCUGUUGUCCCCCUCUCCCCUACAGCCGUUACCUCCCAAGGGACAUCUGUGGGUCAUGCUGGAAUGACCGGUGAAGCCCGUGAUGGCAAGGAUGCUGCUCAGCUGCCAGUGGAUGCUCCAGUCCCACCAAAGCCUGUUCCAGUCGAGCAGCUUGCUGUUGACUCCAGUAAUCAAACUCCAUCCCAGUCUGGGACUGGCACUGAUAAACCAAGCAACACUUCCCCUGCUGCUGUCCGAGGAACUGGGAACAACACGCAAGAUCUUGUCAGUGUUGCAGGAAGCAGCCCAUUAGCUUUACUCUGUAGCACAGACAGUGAAGUCAAGCAGAAGGAGAUCCCAGCCAGCUCUGAGCAAAAGCCUGUGCAAAGUAAGGGUGCAGGUCAAGGGGAGGCCAUUCCUUAUCAAUCUGUGGUAAAACCAAAGGAAGAAAACUUGAUGGUGCUUGAUCCUAAAGGAGGGAUGAAUGUUAGCAGCCAGCCUGCCACUGUCCAUGUAACGGCGUGCUUGGAGGAUGUAGGUGAGAAGGAGAGCAGAGGCCAGGCAGACACCAGCCAGUCUCAGACAGCCAGCAGCCAGAACCUGCAGGCAGGACUGACAUCUAAGAUGAGUGGGAGUUCUCCAGGUCUUGCCCAUCCUGCAGCAGCAUCGGCAUCUCUCCAGCAGCAGGGCUUCCAGGCCAGGGAGUCCAGACACGAGCCUCACACAGCAGCGAUUCCUGCUUCAGCUCAGGCCUUGCCGAACCUGGGGGAAAACAAAAAGCAGCCCACCCCAGCCAUGGAGGCAAAAGUGCAAGUGAAGCAGUCCAAACACGUCAGGGAUGUUGUUUGGGACGAGCAGGGAAUGACGUGGGAAGUUUACGGUGCUUCCCUUGACCCAGAAUCCCUGGGAAUUGCCAUCCAGAACCACUUACAGAGACAAAUACGGGAACAUGAGAAACUGAUCCGGGCCCAGAAUAGUCAGACACGGAAAUCCAUUUCCUCGGAUACAUCCUCAAAUAAGAAACUGAAAGGGAGGCAGCACAACGUGUUCCAGUCCAUGCUGCAGAAUUUUAGGCGUCCUAACUGCUGUGUCCGACCUGCUCCCUCUUCUGUGUUAGACUGACAUGGUUUGCAGGGGUGCCUGGAUCUCUGCACUGGUACAGAGAAUCCCUCUCCUCAAGUCUCGAGCCCUGCUGUUCGGUUGUGUUACUGGGGUUGUGAUGCAGCAACACUGGAAAAUUAUUCCCCUUUGUUUUCUGACUAGCCACAUGCUCCAUCAUGCCAUUAUUAUUGUCACAGCUGGUGUAUUCCCACAUUAUGCCCCCAUCCCGAUUACUGUCAGAUGAAAAGCUAGGCACUUAGCAAAAGCACAAAUUUCAAUUGCCACCUUGCUGCAGGGAGAGCAGCACCUUCUGAUAAAGCAGGAGGCGAGAGAUUAUCAGAAUUUUUAUGGGAAAUUAUUUGUGUGCAUCAUGAGGUCUUAUACAAGGGGGUGGACUGGGGGAAGCUGUGGGAGGUGGAACUAAGGUUUAACACCUGUAAAGACCUAACACAAGACAGCUUUCCUGGUGUAAGUUACCUACGCUGAGGCAAAUCCAUGAACAGGCUAUGGACAUUGAUCACUGAGCAGUCUCACUUCUGAUGAUACUGUGGCGCACUGUUCUCAGGUGAGCCACAGGGAGCCUCUUGUUGAAAUGGAGAACCAGGCAAAGAGUGAGGAUCAAGACUGAAGGACUAUCUCUUUGGGAGAAGCUAAAUCAAUGGGAUUUUGAUGGCCAGAAGGGGAGGUGAGAGAGGGGCUUUUUGUCCCCUUAUGGGGACAAAAUAUACCUUAAGCCAUGCUUAAGGUAUAAGCAGGCAAGGCACAGGAGAGCACAUUGGUAGAUGUACCUACAUCCAGUGGGAUGGUGCCUACUGGGGUGUUCCUGCCAGGUCUUUCAAAAGCAGUGAGCCAUUCUGGCUCCUCAUCUGGGGUGGGCAGUCCCUGCUCCCAGCCUCCCACGGCGCUGAGUACCUCUCCUCUAAAUCACUCUUUAAAGUGAUUUGGAUCUUUCUUCUCUCUCCAGAGAUGUUCUCCUGUACGAGCAGGCUGUCCUGUCCAUUUGGGUCCAUGAGCCUCCAUGUCUACUGUGGGUCUUUUUCCCUUUUUAAGUCCUUAGCCAACUCUACUUUUUCAGUAUUUUGGUGCUUUUCUUGCUGCCUUUCAUAAAACCAAUACCAUUUAUUUAGCCUGUGUGUAUUUUGUUUUACCUAACACUCUAUAUUAUAAACCAUUAUAUUGUUAACUUGAAAAAUUUACUUUAUAGCAGUACUGAAAUCUUGAGACAAUCUUUGCUGUAUUUCUGAAGUUAGAAAAGUUAUAGAAACUGCUAAUAAAAGGUAGCUUAGUGACUGUUUCUCCAGAAUUGUGAUAUACAAUGUCUCAAAUGUAUGUUGGUCGCAUUUCUCAACGUAAUAUUUUUCAGCCUGGGAAAUAUGUUUCCCACUAGCUUUUUAUUCUGUCCACUAGAGUUCAUAAUGGGAGGCUGGGGAGCUCCUGCAGUUAGUAGGAGAUUUAGUUAUCAAUCCUGCAAAGCACUGAGGAUUUGGAUACUGUAGUCCUGCAAAGUACUAGAGUUAAAUAGGAGUUACUUUUAUUCCAUUAAAUAUUUUUCUUGAAUCAUGAUAAUUUUUUAUCCAUCUCUAGUACCACACACCUGACUUACUCUGUAGAUCUUACUCUUACAACUUACUCUAAGUCUUACAGGUUUACAUAGUGUAAAUGAGUAUUUAUCUUUUUUUUUUCUUUUUUUUUUCUGUGAAGUGAAUCUGAGGUAGUUCCCUUUUAUUUAGGAGGCCAGAUUUCUUGAGUGUAUCAACUGGCAACCCUUCAUAGUAGAUGUUUUGGGGUAAUUUUUCCCCAACAGAAAAGUAAAAUACUGUAAUAUGCAAUAUUUUAACCCAUUUCAAUGAAAGUUUUUGCUUCUAGGCAUAGUACUGAAUUGACUCCCAGUUUUCCUCUGGUGCAUAUCUGGGGGCUUUAUGUCAUGUCUUUGUUCAAUUUCUGUACGUUAUUUCAAGUCCUCUCCCACUUGUGAUACUGAAUUGCUCAUUCUGAAGCAGCACAUUAGAGAGUGUCUUCCCACCUCUGCCUACCAGGAGGAAAGUCUCCAGCCUUUUUUUCUGUUAGUACUGUUGUUUCCAUCCCCUUCCUAGCAGUGUCUGAGAUGUGAGUUUCAUGUGAAAUUUUGUGUGGGAUUAAUAUUGGCAGUAUCAUUAGGUCAGGUUAGUUGACAAGUUCAGUGUCUCUUCCCACAUUGUGUCCAUGUCAGACCUAACAAGGUUCCCCGAGCUGUCUGUGGUUCUUGCUGUCUGCUGUCCAGGUCCAAGGCUUUGUGCUGCUCCUUUUGCCUCCCUUCUGCCCCUUCCCUCACUAGCUGUUGCCCAGCCUGUCUUCUUGUGAAACCGUGUCCCUUGGCUCAGCUUGCAUCCCUCUCUCUGCUGUCCCCCCUUCCUGUCGUGCCGUGAGCCAGCUUAUUCUGAACUGUCCCUUUACAAAUAUCCUCAGUCUGAAUAUACAAAUGGAUUGUCUUAUUUUUUUCAAGAAGAGAAUAAACAGCUAUCGCGCGUUCA